AUGGCUGAAAGCGAAACGAGCCGACAAUACCCGCCUGAAAGAAAAGCAGCCGCGGCCGGGGACGACGAUCGAGGACUUCCUUCCGAGUAUGCGGCAGGAAUGGGCUGGAGAAGAUUAUAUGCUGCAGCAAUCCUGGAAAUGCGAGAACGCUUGAAGCCGCAGGAAGGGAGCACGUGCUGA